AUGAAAAUAAUUUAGAUAUUGAAUUUGUUGACUUAUGCUUUAUGUGCAACCUUCUCAAGUACAAGUCUAAGUGAUACUUUGCAUGAAAAUGGAUCAAUCUAUGGAUGGAGAGAAGAUGAAUAAAAACUAUUCAAAAAUUGGGUGUAAGAAUAUCAAAAAACAUAUAACAAUGAAUUCGAAAUGAUUUAUAGAAUGGAAGUUUUUGUGCAGAACUAUAGAUUAAUGAAGGUAUUUAACAGGUUAAUUGUAAUUUUAGCAUCAUAAUGAAUAAUUACCAAAAGAUGUAUGGGGAUUAAAUAUCUUCGCAGAUGAAACAUCUGAAGAGUUGAUGGAUAAGCUCUUUAUGAAGAAAGAUUUCGAUGAACAUUAUGAGACAUUUAAUGAAGAUGAUAUCAAUGCAAUUAAAAGUGAUGCUUUAUCUCAUAAUUCUUUUUUAUAAGCUGAUAAAACGGUGAAGGUUGUUAAAAAAGUAGUGAAAAAAUCAUCUACAACUUCUAAAGCAUAGAAAGCAACACCAAAGAAUCCUCCUAGCUUAGACUGGUUAAAAUAAGUAAUUUUCUUUUUAUUAAUUCUUAGGUUACAGAAGUUUAAUAAUAAGGAAGAUGUGGUAGUUGUUGGGCAUUCGCAGUUUAAGAUGUUGUAAUAAGUAGAUUGGCUAUUAAUAAUAAAAACAAACUUGAUUAAUUAUCAAAGACACAUUUAAUUGAUUGUGCUGAUGGAAAUACAGCAGGAUGUGAUGGAGGUUCAGUCAGUGAUGCAUUUGAUUUUAUCAACAAAUAUGGAACUGUUUAUGAAAAAGACUAUAGAGAAUAUGAUCAGAAAGAAGGUGAAUGUUCAAAACCAAAAGGAUCAAUUGGAUAUAAACAAUUUAAAUCUGUGGUAGGGUUAAGCAAAUUCACUAAUAAUGAAAUUGAAACUGCAAUGUAAACAGGUCCAGUUACAGCUCUUAUGUAUGCAGAUGAAUCCUGGCUAAGAUAUACAUCUGGAAUUAUUAAUACUUGUGGAUAUCCAAAAGUUUCUAAUUACUAACAUGUUGUUUCAUUUAUAGCAUAUGAUACUUAAACAUGGUUUGCAAAAAAUUCAUGGGGACAAAAAUGGGGAAUGAGUGGUUACUUUUCAGUGUAAAAAAAUGGGGAUGCUAAUUGCCUAGAUAAAAUAAAAAAAAUUACAUAUCCGAUUAUUUGA